CACUGCUCUUUCAGAGAAUAAAUGGUUCCUAACAACCAAGCUGAACCUCCCUGGGGGCAGCUUGACUCCAUUACCUCUCUGGUGGCUGCAGGAGAUGGUCAAAAAAGCCAGGUGUUCUGCUCAGAAAGAGGAAGGACGCACAUGCCUGCCAUCAGAGCCACAGACUAAUUUUGCUUUAUUUUCUGUAUCAUCUGUAGGCUCCUUUAUCUUGAGGAGAAACUGCUUGAUUCCUUCUGCCAGAAUUUUUUUUGCAUGGCUGUGACAAAAUGAUUUUGUUCUCCUGUGGCUUGUUGCCCCUUUGGUAAAUGGGGGGAUUUAUUCCUUUGUUUCUUUAGACUUUAAGUGCUUCAGGGGCUUCUCUCUUAUGCUGAGUUUGUGCAGGGUAGCCCUGAUCGUAGCUGAGGCAUUCAGGCAUGGCCAUAGUAAACAUAAAUAGCAACAACCAUAUAAUUACUGUCUGCAAGCAGAUCAUUUCCUUAUAAACCAGGACAUAUUAAUAAUAUCUGCAUCACAGUUCCCCAGAUGUUUUUGACAUAUUGUUUGUUUCUCCUAGGUUUUUAAACUUUAUUUUCCAUCAGGUUGCGGACUGUUAUUUAAUAACUGUGUCACUGCAUUUGCUGAAACCUCCCAUAUGGAGGCAACAUACACUGCAAUUUAACUUACGGCAAUGCCAGAAAUGCGCUGCUGAAACAACACGAAAGGUCUGGCCUUGGGCUAAAUACAAGAUAUUACUGUCUUUCUCUUGAAAUGCUGGAAGUAUCUGGGCCCCUGUUUCUCGUUAGGCAUUUCUGCAUCUCAGCAGCUAAUUUGACCUGAUGCAGAGGGGGCUUCAGGGCAUCUUUGAGGAGGGUUUGGAGAUGCUGAAUUGGGCGGGAUGUGUUGAGAAGGGUUGGGGUUCAGGUUGGGGACAGUGUGGUGCCCCUGUGUGCAGCACUUUGCCCACUGCCCUGUGUGGAGACACCCAGAUCCAAGCACCACACUUACUUCUUAAGGAGUGUGCUAGGAACAGGGAGGCAAGUGUUGGUAUACCUGGUCUGCUAGACGUGUCAACAAGAGGUUCUAUCUGUGGCAAUUGGAGACAGCACAAAUGACCACUGAAAGGCAUCAGGAAGCAAAAAGAAAAAGCAUGUUUUGUUCAGGUCAUUCAGUGCAAGUGGGUAAGAAUGAUCAUCUUCUGUGGGUAAAGUCAAGUAGCCUUAUUUAUCUCCCUAUCAGGUUGGUAAUUGUUGUAGCUCACACCACAUAAAAUCCUUAUUCACUCAUUAUCCUAUUACGAGUUGAUCAUUAAUAUCAGUGUCCGUGUCACAAUAGGGCUCGGUGGUUCCAUGCAGAUGGAUUAAAGCAAAAAGUGGCUCUUUUCUAAUUAAUUCCUUUUUUUUAUCGAUUAAGAAGUCGUAAGUGCAGACAGCUAGGAACUUUAUAACUAGUUCUCUUUGAUACAAUCUUUUGCAAAGAGAUGUAUCUAAAAUUUCUCAGCACAUUUAUAUAUUUCACAAGUCCACUAUGAUUCUCAAACACCAUUCUGACGUUGAUUCAUACCGUGGAUAUGAACUCUCCCAAAGUGGUGGCUGACCUGUUGUCUUCCUGCAUCAUCUCCCACACCAUUACAGCAAUUAACUUCAUGUAACGAUGUAUACUACACAACAAUAAAAAAUUUUCUAUCUGCAGAUCCCAAAGAAGGCUGGGUGUGACCAUCUGCCUGCUCUGGAGGCAGCCUGAGAGACACAAAGAGAUGGAGCAGUCCCUUGUAGGCACAGAGGUAUUCACUGGCUGAGCCAGGAGCAGAUCCAGGAACUGACCCUCACUGGCUGUGAAGUGGCCAUAGCUCCUCAGCAGCCUGUGGUCCCAUGUUUCUGCAGCACUAGCCAUGUACUCAGGCUUCUUGAAGUGGUGGACCUUCCUAAAAAUCAAGGCGUCCGGCCUAAAGCUGCGGUUCUGCACUAACGAAACACAAGCGACCCGAGAGAAAUUCGUGAAGAAGCUGCAGGGCCUGGGCUUUGACAUCUCUGUGGCUGAAGUCACCGCCCCAGCACCAGCAGCCUGCCGCCUUCUGAAGGAGCGUGGGCUGAGGCCACAUCUGCUCGUGCACGAUGAUCUUGUCCCUGAAUUUGCUGACAUUGAUAAAACGAACCCAAACUGUGUGGUUAUCGGAGAUGCAGCAGAAAAUUUCUCCUAUGCAAACCUUAAUGAAGCUUUCAGAGUUCUGAUUGGAUUGGAGAAGCCUGUUUUGAUCUCCCUUGGAAAAGGACGCUACUAUAAAGAAACUGAUGGUCUGAAACUUGAUGUUGGAGCAUAUAUGAAGGCAUUAGAGUAUGCCUGUGAUGUUCAAGCUGAAGUAGUGGGAAAACCAGCAAAAGCGUUCUUUGAGUCAGCCCUAGCAGAAAUGGGAGUUCCUCCAGAGCAGGCCAUCAUGAUUGGAGAUGAUAUCGUGAGCGAUGUCGGCGGCGCCCAGCAGUGCGGGAUGAGGGCAGUGCAGGUGCGGACGGGGAAGUACAGGCCCUCUGAUGAAAACCACCCCCAGGUGAAGCCUGAUGCCUAUGUGAACAACCUGGCCGAAGCGGUGGACACGAUCCUCAGCCAGAUGUAGGAGCAACGGUGCUGCAGAGAGCUAAGGGGCCAGGAUGGUGCCUUGCAUGUAGCAUGGCCACCAGCUGCUCCAUCCUCUGUCUCCCUGGUGUGCAGAACACCCGUGCUUCUGAACUGUUCACCCAAGGGACUAAACCAAGACUCACCUCCACAAAGGGAACACCAAACCCUCUGUGUGCGUUUUGAGCUUCCUUCCCCUCAGUGCCAUCCAAGUGCCAGCACAGCCCUUUAGGGAUGAGGAUGACUCUGAGGGGCAUGGAGAGCAGUCACAUCCUGCGGGGUUUGGCUGGGUACUGGUGUGCAUCCACAGUGCAUUGAUGGGAUCCAAUGGGCAUCCCAAAAACCCAGCUGGGCAAGGCUGUGGUUGUGUUUCCAUCCUGGUUUCCAGCACCUCUCUGGCACUGCCCUGAGUCAGAGGGCAGGAAUUCAGGAAUGCUGUGACAAAUCACGGAAUAAUUGUGUCGUUGUGUCCUUAAUAAACAUGGUCCUGUGAAUCUAA